CCGAGUGACACUCUAGAUGAUGAGGAGGAAACGUUGUUCUCAACACACUAUCCCAAAUUCGAUCAGCCUGAAGGUUCUCCGCCGGAUUAGAGCCAUCGUUUUUUCCAACUUUUUUAUCAGAGUCAUGUUGCAUACCUGCAGCACCUUUUACAGCAAUCAACAAUGGCUAGGAGUGAGAUCCUGAGUCAACUGCAGACUGACAACAGAUGCCAAUGCUACAUACAGACAGUGCCUGUAUGCAGAACAGAACACGCAUGCUUACACUAGACAAGCUCUGGUGGAAGCAAGAAGACUCCAUUUAGAAGUGGAGAGCACCAUCCAUCAUCUAUGAAGAGACCUAUUCAAUUCACAAGCCGCUCAUGUGGCAACUCAGCACGUGCUGGGCCUGGAAAAAAGACAGCUGGCACAAAUGGCCGCUGAGCUUGACCGUACCCAAAGGAAAUUUCAGCUUGUUGACAGUCUGGUCGACACAAUGCUGCUUGAGGAAGAUAGUGACCUUGAGUUGCCAGACCGAUCGCGUCAGGUCACUGACCUCAUCCUGGACUUAGAGGUCAACAUGGAAAGGAAAUAUUAGGACAUACUCUAGGAAAGAGAAGAACGGAUUAUGGAGCUGGAAAGACUACUGGAAUAUAGUGAUCGGAAAGUUGGGAAUUUUAGGGAUUACAUGUACUUCAGAACAACACAGCG